UUUAUUUAGUGGAAAGGAAACUUUAUUUAUACUUUUUUAUUUUUCUAAUAUGUUUACCUCGUCUUAAACGUUUAUAAAAUUCAUUGUAUAUUUUCGUAAUUUUGACACGAAAAAUUUAACACUGUGGUUUAAAGUUUAAAAGGGUGCAACAAGAGUUUUUCAGUAUAAUGUUGCCGAAAUCAAAAUCGGGAACUACCUUUAUCUCGGGAACACAUAUAUCGCAAUGGGAAGAUAAGAUGAAAAGGUUUACUCGGAAGAAUAUGGACAAAUGCAAAUCACAGCCACUAGAAUUUCCUCGAACAGCACAAGUAACGAAGGAGUUCCCAACGGGCACUGUUUAUGAGGGGGAGUAUGAUCAAUUUGACAUGAAUGGUUAUGGAGAAUUUACAUUCGCUAGUGGUGUUAAAUAUGUAGGGUCGUUCGAAAAUGGUUUGUUUCACGGAAGAGGUGAACUAAUAUUCCCGCAUGACAAUGAAGUGGCAGUCAUUCGGGGUAGGUUUCAUAAAGGUGUUAUGACUGAGAGGACUCUGCACUUUGAUGAUAUAUUGGACUACCGGGAGAGAGACUGGAAGUAUUGCACGAUGCCUGAUAGAAGAUUUGCAAUAGAAUACAUAGAAAAGCUGAAGCCUGGUGGCAAUUCCUACCUCACUGCCGAACAGCCCACGAAAGAGAUACCUGAGGGUUUCUACGAUACUGGAAAUGGGUUCUUCGAUCCAGUACAGAAAGUCGUUUUUAAAUAUCAUGACCUUUCAGCAAUCAAGAGGGCUCCAUCAAUUCGUGAGCAGGAAUGGAUAAUGAAGAACUGUCGCAGAGGUACCAUAGAGCCUCUUGGGGCCCGUUCGGACCUUUACGAGCGUUGGACUUAUCCUAUAUUGAAGGCAGGAGCCAGCCCAGCACCGGCAGCAGCUGGGACAAGACAAGCCCCGAUAAAUAUUUCCAGGAAACCAUCGAUUUUCGAAUACGAUGGCCCAGAUGAUGAUGAGUCACGUCCACUUUUCUACGACUUUUCCGCGUUUGCAUCCCGUUUCCCAGACGCUUCAAGCGAGAAACUUUCGAGAAGGCCUGUACGAUAUUAAACGUAAAAGUCUUCUUGUUAUUGGGUUACAGC